AUGACUGANUUAUAUUAUGUUGUGUUUGUGCUGAGGCUUUUAAAUUUCAAUUUGGUUGUUGAUGUUGGUUCAACUUGUUUGUUGAUCAGGGUGAAAUACAUAGAGCACGAGUUAGCGAAGAAGAGGGGAAGGAAAGUGGAUGCUGCUGAUCAAGUUGAGAAUGAGCUGAAGCGUGCUGAAGAUGAACUUUAUAAGAUCCCUGAGCAUCUUAAAGUAAAAAGGCGAAAUUCUGAAGAAAGCUCUACUCAGUGGACUACUGGUAUUGCUGAGGUUCAGCUUCCAAUCGAAUUUAAAUUAAAAAAUAUUGAAGAAACAGAGGCUGCCAAAAAGCUUCUACAGGAAAAGAGACUUAUGGGUCGGACAAAAUCAGAUUUCAGCAUACCAUCGAGUUAUAGUGCUGAUUAUUUCCAGCGUGGAAGGGAUUAUGCUGAAAAACUUAGAAGAGAACAUCCAGAGCUGUACAAAGAUAGAAGUUCACAGGAUGAUAGUUCUGGAUCCAAACAAAAUGAUUUAAGCACUGAUGGCGCUGGAGCAGUACAGAGGCAGGCUGCAACAGAUGAAUUCAUGUUAGAGCGCUUCAGGAAAAGAGAACGCCACCGUGUAAUGCGAAGAUGACAUGAAUGUAUAUUUGUGGCAUACCUUGCAAAAGUCCAUCAAAGAUUGGUGGAGGUCCAGCUUCUGUUGAUUGGGAUGCCAAUGCCAUUGAUUUGCACCAGUUCCUUAAUUCAAACUGUUGCCAAAGAUCAUAGGGCUGCUUGAUCAUUAAUUUUUGUUGGUUCUCUUUAGAUAAAAAAUAUAUAUAUUGGUCACGGCCGGCGCCUGUCUGACUAUUCAGUGGCUUAUGUUGAGAGGUAGCAAUAGAAGUGUGUGUGAACAAUCCUAGCGAAGGCUAGAAUGGUGAUGGGGCCACCUACCUGCUUGUAAGCCGAUUUGGAUGUAUAAUAUUGACUUUCAAAAUAUUUAAUC